AUGUUGGCUUGCACCAGAAGGAAUGUAGCAAAUGUCUUCAACGCAGCUCGCCGAUCCAUGGGUACCACGACCGUGACCUCUCCUGCUCCGCCGUCUGUCACACUUGCAGACGUUGCCCCGGACUUCAACACCUCAUUUUCUCAGGACCCCGUAUACUUGGAAUUAGCUACUCCCCUCAUCCCAAAGUCCAACGAUGUAUCCCCGGAACAGAACGUCCUUGCCCUUGACCCGACCGUUUUCCGCCAUCCCAUUCGUAGGGACAUUCUGCACCUAUGCGUGACCCAUCACAGGGAUGGCUUACGGCAGGGAACUGCCAGCACCAAGACGCGUGGUGAAGUGCGUGGUUCCGGAAUCAAGAUUCGCCCUCAAAAAGGCUCUGGAAAAGCUCGACUUGGAGACGGUCAGAGUCCCAUGCUUCGUGGUGGAGGAAUCGCUUUUGGUCCGAAGCCCCGGGACUUCAGCACCAAACUACCGAGGAAGGUGAUUGAGAUGGGUAUGCGGGUUGCAUUGAGUGCAAAGGUAAAGGAGCAGAAACUGGCAGCAGUGUCCCGUCUGGGUUGGCCCAGCGGGAAAACCAGGCAUCUCAGUCAUCGAAUUGACAACUUGGGAUGGCGGAAAACUCUGUUCGUAACUGGAGAGGAGGAGAUACCUGCCGGGUUGGAACGCGCCAUGAGGAAUAUCCCCUCUGUGAGCCUGAUUUCGUCGGACAAGCUCACUGUGUACGACAUCGUGAAGUGGCCGCGCCUCGUUAUGGAUCUUAAGGCACUCGAAUAUUUUGAGAAGACACUCUGCAAACAAACCGGACUCGUUGCAUGA